UUGAAUACCUGCUAUCUCUGAAAUUUCACAAAUUUAUCUUUGGGAUUUCCCACCCUCAAGUUAUAUAAAUUAACGUCGAUGAGCAAUGUGAAACACUGUAGUUCCUUAUAAAGCGAUACGACAUUUACAUCCAUCGUCACUUCGAAUUCGAAGAAUCCAGAUUUCUUUAUUAAACCAUGAUAAAGUACUACUUCUCGGUCCUUCUUGUUUUCUUGGAAGUGGUUUACGGACAGGACAACAAGAAUAUCACAUCCAUGUGUGGACAAAAGGAAAAGUCGUAUUCUUACUUAGAUGUUGCAACAGAGAUGAUUUCAAAAGCGAAAGAAAACUAUCCUACAUGUCAAGAAAUAAGUAGAAAUUCUUCAAGCUCCAUGGACUGCGCAGAGCUUUUCCGAGCUGGUUAUAACAAAAGCGGUGUGUAUACUAUCUGGCCUAAAAGCAGAGUGACCGAAGAUAAGUCCCUUGACGUUUACUGCAAUAUGGUAACUGAUGGUGGCGGAUGGAUCGUUAUACAAAGACGAGGCAAUUUCAUGAGACCAAACGAUUACUUUUACAAAGAUUGGCAAAGUUACAAAAAAGGAUUUGGUGACAUUGAAAGAGAUUUUUGGUUAGGUAAUGACAACAUUUUUGCUCUGACUAACCAACGGUUGUAUUCAGUCCGAUUUGACCUAAAGGAUGUGGAAGGCAGCAAACGUUAUGCUCUAUAUGACACCUUCUGGAUUGAUGAUGAAGACCACAAGUACACCCUUCAUAUUGCAGAUUACAGUGGAGAUGCAGGGGAUUCCAUGAUUGCCCAACACAACAAUCAGAAGUUUUCUACAAAAGACCAGAAAAAUGAUAAUCAGAAGGAUCAGAAUUGCGCUCAAGUAUAUAAAGGUGGAUGGUGGUAUAACACUUGCCACCACUCGAACCUCAAUGGUCUGUAUUUGAGGGGAAAACACGAGAGUUUUGCAGACGGUGUAGUUUGGCUGUCAUGGAAAGGCUACAAAGAAUCCAUGGACACAACUGAGAUCAAGAUUAGACCUAAAAAUUUCAGGAAAACUCAGGAAACACCUAUAACUCCUUUGCGUCGAUAAUUUAAAUAAUUACAAAAAGCCAAACAAAGCAUAAAUUGUAAUUACAAGCAAGAAUUAUUAGCCCAAAAGGGAUGUCAGUCCCGAAUGGGAUUUUAGUCUCGAAAUGUCAUUUCGCGUCGAAACACUUAAAUGCGUUGUUUCACUUUUCAAAUUGUUGUCACCAAAUAUUAUCGCCCUGUAUUAUUUUUAAGGGAAUUAAAUAAUAAUGAAGCAUCUGCAUGAA